AACCCCAAAUCACGUGACUGCAGGCGUUGGACGCCGUACAAAUACGGAGCAGGUUUGCUGUACCUCGUAUUGAUCACGUUGACGAGCCGGCGGGAUUUAGAGCAGUGGCCAACAAAAACUUUCUUCAAAACAACCCCACUAUGGUCUCUGCCAGCGCAAUGCAAGUGUCUGCCAUCGUUGUAUUAUUUGGCUGUGUCAUAUCUGGAACCUUGGCUUGUUUUAUCAGGAACUGCCCACCCGGUGGUAAGCGAGGCUUGGACAUGAGUGGACACAACGCACGGGAGUGUAUGGCCUGUGGACCUGGUGAUAGGGGACAAUGUGUAGGACCGAACAUUUGCUGUGGGAGUGACAUUGGAUGUUAUUUUGGAACCCAAGAAGCCAGUAUUUGCCAAAAGGAAAACGAAAGCUCAACGCCAUGCGUAAUACGUGGAGCAACCUGUGGGUCAAGGGGUCAAGGUCACUGUGUAUCCGAGGGAAUGUGCUGUGAUGAGGAGGCGUGUUCCUUUAACUCACGGUGUGAUGUUCGAGCAAGAGAUCAGCCUACGUCCAAAGCAGAUUUGAUUAAACUUGUUCAACAGCUUCUUCGCUCAAAAAACUACGACUGAGAGAAAUAAUGCUGCGUCGCUACAUCAUGUGACGUGCUCGAGAACAGAGAGUGACAAAGACUCCGCGUAUACUGCCAAACACAGGAAAAGACAACCACCUACACGCUCGCCUUGGCGUACCCCUGCAUUUACAUCAUUCAUGUGUGACGAUGGAGAUUAAUAUAUAUUCUUUAAAGCAACGUUAUCAUGUAGAUGUCAUUCUUGAAUCAAGGAAAUAUACAGCUUGGAUCACAUGCUUUGUUGUAGCAUUAAAUGUCCUUGAUGAGAUGUUUUUGUAGCUUCGUUUAUUAAAAUUAAUUAUAUAAUAAUACAUAAUUCUAUAAUAAUAAUAAUUAUGUAGAUUUAGAUUUCAAAAUUUGAUUUUGGCAAUUAUCGAUUUUAUUUGAUAUCGGGUGCUUUUUAACCUGUAUCAUGUUUUUGUGAUAAAAAAUAAAGAAAACAAAUCACUGCCGAAUGCAGAAUAUAGCAGGACAAUGAAAAUCACGUGUAUAUUCCAAACUAUGUUUCCUUGAUUUAUGGUACCGAACAAACAUCACAUAUGAAUCAUGCGCAUUAUUUCUCUCUACAGCCCAGUAGAUUAUAUCGCCCCUAGAUAAGCCGUAUUUGGUUGUGUUGUACUGAGCGACUAUGAUACACGUAUUUGAGAUGACCCCAUCAAGAACUUGUUGCAAGAACCCUAAACAAAGACGUAUCACAAGCGAUAGCAGACCCCCUAUCAUAUGGACUGAUAAGAAUGUGAAAUCUGUUAUAACACGCAUGUUAAGCUACCAGAAGCUCUCAAGGUAAAGAGAAUUAUCGGAUUAUAAGUGAACAUAAAGACGUGAUGAUUAUAGUUGUAAAAAAGUGUUUUGUCAGAACCAUAUAGUGUUUAUCAUCCAGCAACAAUAAAGAUUCUUUAUAGAAGCA